AUGGCUGAUCGUAAUGCACCAAAUAGGGAAUAUGAUGAAGCAUGGGCAAAAGAUUUAAGACAACAAUUCGAAGGUUUAUUAAGGACGAAACGAUUAAAUGAAUUGGAUAAAUCGAGGUCAAGAAAUGCAUCACCAUCACCAAGAGAAAGAUCAUCUUCAUCCAAUUUACAAGCAACUUCUUCACAACAACAACAACAACAACAACAACAACAACAAUCUUCAAACUUUCGUCCAACUUCUUCAUCAAAUAAUUCAAAACCCUCAACACCUCCUUCGUAUUCGUCCGUAAGAAAUUUACCAAAGAUUCCAUCACCACCUGCAGAUGUACAAUCACAAAAGUUUCGAAAUCUAUUAAUUUCCAUCUCGCAAACUCCUACGAAAUAUGAAAACCCAGGUUUAUUGGAUGAAGCUCUACAACAUUUACCAUUAGAUAGAAUAUAUGGCGAGGCAGAAGAGGAAAGUCAAAUAUUACAAGCCGAAGCUGAAAGUAUGGGAGAUGGAAGGAAACCAGAAUGGGGCUAUCAAGAUUGUGUGAUUAGAGCGCUGUUGAGAUGGUUUAAACGUUCAUUCUUUUCAUGGGUCAACAAUCCACCAUGUCAAGUAUGCAUGUCACCUACAGUAGCCCAAGGCAUGACACCACCUACACCCGACGAAUCAGCAUGCGGAGCAACAAAAGUCGAAUUAUAUCGUUGUUCAGCUGGGGAUUGUAGAGCAUAUGAAAGAUUCCCUCGAUAUAGUGACGUCUGGCAAUUAUUACAAACGCGCAAAGGAAGAGUUGGAGAAUGGGCCAAUUGUUUCAGCAUGCUGUGUCGCGCAGUAGGAGGUCGUGUAAGGUGGGUCUGGAAUGUCGAAGAUCAUGUCUGGACGGAAGUUUAUUCGGAUACGAAAAAGAGAUGGAUUCAUGUUGAUGCUUGUGAAGAAGCGUGGGAUAAUCCGCGAUUAUAUGCUGAGGGUUGGGGUAAGAAAAUGUCUUACUGUAUUGCCUUUUCAACGGAUGGUGCGACAGAUGUUACCAGAAGAUAUGUUCGCAAAGCGGAUCAUGCUCUUCCAAGAAACAAAUGUCCAGAGGAAGUUAUGCUGUACAUCCAAAACGAAAUUCGAGGUCUUCGAAGAUCAAAUAUGAACAAGGAUGAGAGGUUUCGUUUGGAAAAGGAAGAUGCGAGGGAAGACAAGGAAUUGAGAGGUUAUGUUGUGGCAUCCAUUGCACAAUCUGUUGUAUCGGGAUUGAGACCAGAUGGAUCUUCAAAUCAACACAUGGCAACUCCACCUCCACCUCAGAGACAAGAAGAUCAGAAAUUACCGGCUGAACAACCUGGUAGACAAAGUGGUGCUCAAGAAUGGGCUAAUGCUAGAGGUGAAGCUGGAAGAAGAAGUCAACAUCCAAGAGAUCCUUCACAGCAUGGACCUUGAACUUCUUUCGACAAACUGGAAUUGAUUCUUUAUAUACAACAGCAUAUUCGGCCCAUCAUUCAAGGACUGGACCACUGGUAUCCUUCUUUUAUGAAGGUCAUGGCGCAGGUACCAUAGCACCAACGAGAAUAAUCGAGCCGCGAAUUUAUCGCAUUGACGCCAAUCAAUCGUCGCUCUUGAGGCAAGACACACCAACAAACACGAACUGAUACUCAAAUCUUGUCAUACAACAUUGUUCAGUUCUAAUAUACACUCAGAAUUAACAAUUCACCCAUCCACCCAUCCUUCGUGGUGAUUUGGAAGCCAUUUAUAUUAUCGGCUUGUACGCUAUUUAUCUGAUAUUCUAUCAUUUUGCGAGGAGUUUUGGAAUCUUAAAUAUGAUGCAAUAUACAUACAUACAUAAUUUUAUUUGUUUAUGGGGAAG